GUGAGUCUGUGGGCUCGUCAGCCGAAGCAGCACACACAACUUUUACCCGGGCUGUGUUUAUUUUCCACUGGUGCACGGGCUACGCCGUCUCCGGAGCGAAGUUACACUCCAGAAUUCAGCACUGGCGCUGUCCAGCCUCCGCGCCCCACAAACAGCGCUGUUUCCUCGGCUGCGGAAUAUUUGUUUGACGGGUUUACACCAUAGGUUUACACAAACACACACACACACACACACUGACCGACGCGGUUACACACGCGCAACCUUCACUGACGAAAGCAAGCCUUGAAAUGACUGCUGGCAGCGUUUGAGAGGCGCAGAAGAAAGAAAUCCAGUCCCAAGUACCGGAGCGCCGUCCCAUUUCCUUCAGUCAUGGGUGUGCUGAUGUCCAAGAAGCAGCAGGUGGAGAAGGUGCAGAAGUGCAGUGUGGUGGUGUCAGCGUUUAAAGACGGUCUGAAGGAUCGAGCGGCUCCAGCGGCUGCGGAUCAGACUGAAGAUGUGAUCACCGAAAAUGGGGACGGAUCUGCUGAAGGAGCCCAGCAGACUGAUACAGAGCACCCUGAACUGAAAGACAAGGACAGCAGACCAAAUCAGCAGGCUCCUCCCACAGAGGAGCAGAGGGCCAAUCAGGAGGCUUGGGGACGUCUCCGUGAUGGUAAGGGGGUGGAGCCUGAGGACUUAAAGAAGGCUCAUCAGCUCAUUCCUCCAGCGUUUGUGCGGCCAAAGAGAGACGUCAAUGACGACAAGCCAGUGGAUGUGAUGCUCGGACAGAGAGAGCAGCCUGUGAACGAUGAGAUGUGUGAAGUGUGUGAAGUUUGGACGGCUGACGAUCUGUUCCCCUGCCGGACGUGUACGCGGGUCUUCCAUGAUGGCUGUCUACGGGAGAUGGGCUACCUGAGCACUGAAGCCCUGCAGGAGAUGAGAGAAACAGCCCACACCACCACCGGCUGGAGCUGCUACUACUGCGAUAAUGUGAACCUGCUGCUCACUGAAGAAGAGAUGUACAGUCUGAUGGAAACCUUCAAGCAGUGCAAGAUCAUUCCAGAGUCGUGUCUGGUGUCAGAUGAACUCCUGCAGUACAGGCACUUUGUGACCAAGCAACUCUUUGAAAGAGACUUGACCGAUGAGGAGGAAGAGGAGGUUCUGGCCCAGUUUGCAGCUCUGGAUCCUGAAAAGAAGGGUCAGAUUGAGUGGUCUGACUUUCUCUACCAUGAGACACUUUCAGUGCUGCAGAAGUUCCGGACUGAGAAUUCACUGGUGCGAAUCCUCACAGCAAAGGAGAGGGACCGAGCCCGGGCUCUAUUCCAGAGUAUAGAUCAGGACAAAGAUGCCAUCAUUACUGCCGGAGAAGCCAGAAAAGCUCAAACCUCCUGGUUUCAAAAGACUAACAAAGAAUCACAGUCCUGCAAUGUCAGACUCAUGGGAUUGUGUUCCCCUUUGUUCAGUAUGGGUAUCAGCCAUGUUGGGCCAAUAUCUGAAAGCAGUCCUGCCAGCUCCAGCAGUGAGAGAAGCAGGGAUAAAGCCGUGGAGAAUGACAACAGACCUGUUACCUGGGACAACUUCCUGAGGGAGAGUGCUAUCUACAUUCUGGCAGCAAGGCCCAACAGCUCAGCCAUGCACAUCCGAUUGCCACUCUAACCAUGGCCACACAGCCUGAGACUUCUAGAGGGGCUUCCCGGGUCCAGAUUCACGAGAAAGCGGUGGUGAGGACUUAAUCGAGAAUCACACGAAAGUCGAAAGCAAAUGAGUACCCCACCACACUCAAAGAUCGUACAAGCCAUUGAUGGAUCCUUCCUCUAAAAACACAGUCUAGCAACACACUGACAAAUCCAAUGCUCUUGAACAAUUGCACAUCCAUCACCACUUCAGAGUUAAGCUUUGACGAGCUUGUAUUUUGUGACCAAGUAACUGUUCUGAUCAGAGAACCUGCUGCGAUUUAAACACUGUCACACAUUAGCAAAAUUACAGCACCCGUAUUUGCAUAGUGUUUUUGAUGUUAAUGUGUCGUACCAUUUUUUGGGAUUGCGGUUCUAGCCGAAUUAGUUUUGAGAUCAAAGUGAGGGCAGUGGUUGAAUCAGUCACCACAAAAUAUGAAUAUACAAUAAAUAUAGUGGGCAACGAUGGCGCCACACGGGAAUCGUCAUUACAAAAACACCCUAAUGAGGCUUCAAAUGUGAGAUGCUAUAUAUAUAUAGAUAUUAUAUACAGUCUAUAUACC